UGCACAGACGGCUAUCCUCCUCUGAGACGACCACUUUACGGUCUGAGAUCGGGGAGGAGGAAGAGGAGGAGAGAGCAGGAGGGACACGAAGGUCGGCUCGCCUAUCGAAGUGAGUCACUCAGAGCUUUAGGACAAAGAGAGCGUGUUGGAAAGGUUUAGUGUCGUUUGUUUACUUCUAUCAGACGCUAUAGCAUCAGUAUCAAACCUAUAUUGCAAUAAGACUCGAAGAGAAGAAAAACAAAAUACAACAUUCAGAAGUUGUCUGGUGUUCUUGAGACAUCACGACACAGCAGGUCAGCGGCUCCCCGUUCCUCAAGCGCAGCUUUCUGAAGAUGCCCGUCAGAGCGGUCAUCUCUCUGCGACAGAGACGACACACACUCCCCGCCAGCGAGUUCAGGAGCCUCACGCCCCGGGACGCCAUCAGCGUGUUCGAGAUUGAGAGAGAAGCGUUUGUCUCCGUGUCCGGCGUGUGUCCGCUGACCCUGGAUGAAGUGCUGAACUUCCUGGGUCAGUGUCCCGAGCUGUCGCUGGGUUGGUUUGAGGAAGGGCAGCUGGUAGCUUUCAUCAUCGGCUCUGGCUGGGACAAGGAGAGGCUCUCGCAGGAGGCAAUGACUCGGCAUGUCCCGGACACCCCCAGCGUGCACAUGCAUGUGCUGUCAGUGCAUCGUCACUGUCGCCAAAAAGGCAAGGGCUCCAUCCUCUUGUGGCGCUACUUGCAGUACCUCCGCCGCAGGCCGGGCCUCCGCCGAGCGCUGCUGAUAUGCGAGGAAUUUCUGGUGCCCUUCUACCAGAAGGCCGGCUUCAAGGAGAAAGGACCGUCGGCCGUCUCUGUGUCCAACAUGCAAUUCCAAGAGAUGGAGUACAUGGUGGGCGGGCAGGCGUACGCACGGAGGAACAGCGGCUGCUAG